GGCUUGACUACUACGGGCUCGCGCACAUCAAGCAAAUAUCAUUUUGGUAAUGAAACGGCGAUAUAGACAUGGCAGCUUGGGCCCUGAGCCAUACUGCUGCCGACCAGGCUAGUACCAGCAUCCUGACUGCGGCCUUCUCCCCUCCUCUACACAUACAGCCCCUGCUGCUGUAAAAUGUGCUCAUAUCUCGCGGCAUGGCGUGCUCGUCAUUUCUCACGCCCCGUCUUCACUUCUCGACUUAUUCAGGAAAAAGUUGAAAGUGAAAACAACCAAGACUUAGUCCCAUCCUCGCAUCACCCUUCUGCAAGAUGUCUCUUCCUCCUCAUGGCGGUGUCCUCAAAGACCUUCUCGUUCGAGACAAACCGAACCACGAUGCCUUGCUUGCUGAAUCUGAAAAGAUCCCAGACAUCUACCUCACCCAGCGUCAUCUCUGCGACCUCGAACUCAUCCUCAACGGCGGUUUCUCCCCGCUCGAAGGAUUCAUGAACCAACAAGACUACGAGAAUGUCGUGGAAAACUUGAGGCUUGCCGAUGGUACGGUCUGGUCGAUGCCUAUUUGUUUGGAUGUCGAUCAAGCGACCAUCCAAGCAAAAGGGAUUCAAGCCGGCUCUCGCAUCACUCUUCGAGACUGGCGUGAUGAGAGUCCUAUUGCCAUCUUGACGGUCCAGGAUUUCUACCAGCCAAAUAAGAAGCAAGAGGCUGAAAAGGUAUUUGGCGCAGAUGACGUGCUUCACCCUGCCGUCAAGUACCUGCAUGGUUGUCAUGAUUACUACGUCGGUGGCACCGUUGAAGCGGUCAACAAGCCUCAACACUACGACUACGUCGGUCUUCGCUACACCCCAACCGAACUCCGAGCACAAUUCGAAAAGCUCGCUUGGUCACGCGUGGUUGCCUUUCAAACGCGUAACCCUUUGCAUCGCGCACACAAGGAACUCACGGUUCGUGCAACGCGUCAAACAAAGGCAAACUUGUUGUUGCAUCCCGUCGUUGGUAUUACCAAGGAAAUGGAUGUAGACCACUUCACCCGUGUCAAGGCCUAUGAAGCCGUUAUGCAAACGUACCCAAAAGGUAUGGCUAUGCUUGCUCUACUGCCCCUUGCUAUGCGUAUGGGUGGACCGCGUGAAGCACUCUGGCAUGCCAUUAUUCGAAAGAACUUUGGUGCGUGUGCGUUUUGCAUUGGAAGGGAUCAUGCUGGCCCUGGUAAGAACAAGGAUGGUCAAGACUUCUAUGGUCCGUAUGAUGCACAGACGCUUGUUGCAAAGUAUGAGUCGGAGGUCGGCAUUGAGGUGGUUCCUUUUGCUCAAAUGAGUUACUUGCCAGGCACAGAUGAGUAUAUGCCCAAAGAUCAAGUCAAGGAAGGUACACAAACACUCGAUCUGUCCGGCACUGAAGUCCGCAAUCGUCUGCGAACCGGUGCUCCCAUCCCAGAAUGGUUCUCCUACCCGGCCGUUGUCAAGGUGUUGCGUGAAUCUUACCCACCCCGACACAAGCAAGGUUUCACCGUGUUCCUGACAGGUCACUACAACAGUGGUAAGGACACGAUUGCACGUGCUCUGCAAGUCACGCUCAACCAACAAGGUGGACGUAGCGUCUCCCUGUUGCUCGGUGAAACAGUUCGUUCCGAGCUAUCCUCCGAAUUGGGCUUCAGCAAGGAAGACCGUGACAAGAAUGUGGCACGCAUUGCUUUUGUCAGUGCAGAACUGACACGUGCCGGUGCAGCUGUCAUUGCUGCACCGAUUGCACCGUAUGAUGCGUCUCGCAAGUUGGCAAAGCAAGCGAUUGAGCAGGUUGGGUCGUGCUUUUUGGUGCAUGUUGCUACACCGCUUGAGUACUGUGAAAAGACGGAUCGCAAGGGGAAUUUCAAGCGUGCUCGCAGUGGUGAAAUCAAGGGUUUCACGGGCGUGGAUGCGCCGUAUGAGGAACCUGCAGAGGCGUCUCUCAAGGUGGAUAUCUCAAAGGAGACUGUGCAGAGUAUUGUGCACAAGAUCAUCUUGACGCUCGACGCCGAGGGACUGUUCAAGUCGGGUUGAGUUGAGGCUAUAAUAUAGAUAAAGCAUAGAAGAAUCAUUGAGAAGAGUCAAGUCGCAUGCAUGUGUUUAUUGCUAGCUA